AUGUCGACGAUUCGACCUGAGAACUCUUCUCCGGCUUCCACAUCUUCGGAAGACUUCUCGAGUAGCUCCUACUCAGACAAUGAGAAGAUCGGAUCUGCUCCUGGACGCAAAAACUCGGAUGCACCUCUGAGAACACCCCCUUUAGAUGUAUCAGAAAAAGGACAAGCAGCUCACUUCACCUCCCAGCCUAUCCAAGGUCCUGAUGGAACCACUCUUGACAUUCUGGAGGGGAUUCCUCCGUUGGCGGAAGCUCCCGCCCCAGCUUCAGGAUCGGCAUUUGGUAAAGCUUGUCUUAGGAUCGUUGGGAUCGGCAAGAAGAACGCAGCACAUGCUGGAAAUGCUAUAGCUACGCAGCCCUCGGUCUUCGAUACCCCUCAAAGAGAUCAUUAUACGCCGAAAUCAUGGUAUGAAGGUUACGCUGCCUUCGAUCCCUUGUUUAGAUGGACUUGGAAAGAGGAGAAUAAGGUUACCCGGAUGAUUGACUUCAAGAUUUUCCUUUGGGUCACCAUCAUGUUCUUGGCUCUUGAUAUAGAUCGAUACAACCUUACCAACGCCACUGCAGACAACUUCUUGAAGGAUCUGAACCUCACUCAAGCAGACUACAAUUUGGGUAACACCUUGUUCCGAGUAGGGUUCCUGAUCGCCGAACUUCCGUCUCAACUGGUCUCCAAACGACUUGGACCUGAUGUAUGGCUCCCGCUGCAGAUGAUCAUUUUCUCCAUUAUCGCUUGUUCUCAAUUUUGGCUUUCCGGACGAGCUUCCUUUUUGGCUACUAGGUUCCUCAUAUCAUUUUUCCAAGGAGGCUUCAUUCCAGAUGUCAUACUCUACUUAUCCUACUACUACACCAAGUCAGAAUUAGCCAUCCGAUUAUCCUUUUUCUGGGUUUCGAACUACUUGGCCAAUUUGAUAACCGCUUUCCUCGCUGUGGGUAUCCUGCAGAUGCGUGGAAUAGGAGGAUAUGCAGGAUGGAGGUUCCAGUUUUUAUUGGAAGGCUUACUUACUCUACUUGUCGGUGUGGCAUCAUUUUUCCUUCUUCCCGCAUCCGCCUCUCAAACGAAAACGUGGUUCAGGCCCAAGGGAUACUUCACCGAUGACCAAGUGAAGAUUAUAGUCAACAAAGUACUGCGAGAUGACCCUACCAAAAGUAGUAUGCACAACCGACAAGCUCUUCCAGUCAAGACUAUCUUCCGAUGUAUGGGCGACUACCAGAUGUACCCUCUCUACUUGAUUGGUAUCCUCUUCGGUAUCGGUGGUUAUCCCGUUCAGCAGUACUUCCAAUUAUCGAUGAAACAACUUGGUUUCACAACUUUGCAAAGUAACUUGCUUAGUAUACCUAAUAUCGUGUGGUCGAUCAUCAAUAUCGUUGGUAUAACCGUGAUCUCCGAGGUGGUGAAUAGUAGAGCUUGGGUCUGUAUGGCGGAAGAUCUCUGGAUGUUACCUAAUUAUAUUGCUCUCUUGGCGAUACCCAAUCCCGGGGCAUGGACAUAUUUCGCCAUCAGCACUGUCCUUUUGAGUUUUCCUUACGUUCAUGCUAUCCAAGUCAGCUGGACGAGUAGAAAUGCCGGAUCCGUGGAGAAUCGAACAGUCUCUGCUUCGCUCUACAAUAUCUCGGUGCAGCUGUCAGCUAUCAUUGGUGCAAACUUAUACCAAGCAAGCGAUAAACCUCGAUAUAAGCAUGCCAACAGUGCUAUCGUAGCUAUAAUAUGCUUCAACCUGGUUGUCCUCUAUCCGGCGACAAGGUGGUACUAUAAGAGUCGAAAUGCCAAAAGAGAGGCUGUAUGGGGGUCGAUGACAUCGGAACAGAGGAGUGAAUAUCUUGAGAAUACAGGUGAUAAAGGUAAUAAAAGGUUGGAUUUCCGUUUCGCAUAUUGA